AAGUCGCUUCCGCUCGAGCUUACGAGGCGGUGAAAACGGCGAUCGAUAUGGGAUCUGCUUUGUCGUACCACAGCCGUUCGCGAAAUAUUACGAUCAUUCAAAACAAGACUUCUCAAGAGCAGAGAAGCCUACCCGUUGUUGUGGCUUUGAGUGAUACGGAGAACAACACUGGAAAAUACCCUCAUUUGUCAGACGCUCUUUUGCUAAAGAUUUUCUCACAUUUUACAAUUGAGGACUUGAUGCGCAUGUCUUGCGUCUGCCAGCAGUGGCGCCGCGUGAGCCUGGACCCAAGUUUGUGGCAAAGCAUUGAUUUGUCCUCUUGUGCCCACCCGCGAAUCCGUGACAGGACCGUUAUUUGUUUAGUUUCGCGCGUUACGUCCUCUGCUAUCACGUACAUUGACCUAUCAGGACCUGGGUGUUUGCGUCUUACAAACGUCAGCUUGUUUCACAUCGCCCGUCAGUGUCACAAACUUCGCAAACUUUACAUCUGCAAUCGUAAUCGAAUCACGAGCACUGGAAUCGAGAUGAUAGCACGACAUUGCCCUUAUCUGGAAGUCCUCGGAAUGUCGAAGUGCCCUCUGAUACUAUCCCGAGGACUCGGCUUUGUUUUGCGUCGCUCGAAGCUGCUACGAGAACUGGACAUUAGUGGAUGUCUGUGGGUCACUAAUGCGGUUCUCGUUGAGAUCGGACAGCUUUGUGUUUGUUUAGUUUACCUCAGUAUCGAGGGCUGCAAAAAGGUCACGGAUUACGGUAUAGUCUCCCUUGCGAACUCGUGCACCACCUUAAAACACAUCAAUUUACGAAACACUAAACGAAUCUCCAACGCAGGAAUGGAACAAUUUUUAACCAAGCUGCCUAACCUAGAGGGUCUAGAAAUUGGUUUAGUCCGUAAAGGUCGUGGAACCGCUGCCAUGUUGAACCUUGUAGCGACACACUGCAAGAACCUUACGUUUUUUGAUUAUCAAGAGUGUCUUCCUACCCCUGUGGAUGAUGUUCUUUGUCAGAUCGCUGAACAGUGUCAGAGAUUGCGCUUCAUGGGAGUCAGAUAUCAGUACCAGACUCUCUCCAAUAACUUGAUACUCUCUUUGACAAAGUUGUGUCCAAGCUUAGUAAGAAUUGACGCAAGUUUGCGCUUUUAUAUAUGAAAACAUCUGCGCUGAACUGAAAAGGUUGUCUGAAGUAAGCUUCGCGUGAAAAAAAAAAGAGAAACAAUAUGAAGGUUCGUCUUGAAUUAAAACAUGUUCCCAUAAAUACACAUCGCGAAAACUGACUUCGAUAGCUAGCCCAAGAUAAAAUAAAGGAGGUGACAGAAGAUGAUAGCUGAUGGAAAAUACCUCGAAAGAAACUGGAGCAUAACAUAUAGUUUGGUUUUCUAAAUAGGUGUAAUCGUUUAGUGUGAUCACCUUAAAAGAAGCUGUUAUUGUUGACUUUGAGACAAAACUGAGUGAAAUCUCAGUAGACGAUUACUUAUUCUGGAUUAAGAAAACUGUAGCUGAGGUUGUUGACCAAGUUCCCAUUGCGGUAGCCAAAAUGGUCAAAAGAGUCUUGAAAAUUCCCUCACAGUGACUCUUGUUUGACCAUGACUGCUCUAGAGGUUUUCUAAUUAUAGAUGA